AUUGUUGUUGUUGUUUCACUUGGUUUUCUUUUCAUGCUUUUUGAGAUUCUCCCAUGCCGUUCCUCCCUCUGUAUCCAUCAACCAUAACCUCUGCAAAAUCUCAACUUUCACCUUCAAAACCAAUAUCGGACCCAAUUUCCUCUGAAAUUUUCUUCCUUUGACAGUACCCAGAUCCAUUUUGUUCCAUUCCAGAGAUGAAGAACCCAAGGAAGAAGAAGACGAAGCCAAAGAAGGUUGAGCAGAAAAAAGGAGGAGGGGUUGUUGAGAAUGAAAAUAAAAAAGAAGACGAGAGGAAACGAAGGGUUUUAGAGGCAUUGAUUGAGGCUUUCUCCUUGUCUUCUAUUGAAGAAGCUGCCAGGGCUUAUGAUGUUGCAGGUGGUGAUCCCGACAAGGCUUCGCAGAUUUUAAGGAAGGGUUUUGGGGACAACGUUGAAUACCCUUUUUGCUCUUCUUCUUCUAUGUUGAGUGGUGGAAGCAGUGGUGUUUCCUCGGCUUCAACUUCGGGUUCCUCUGAUGGAUUUGUGGAACAGACUUAUGGAGAAGAUGUGAGGUAUUUCAAAGGGGGAAGGCAGAAGAAGAAGGUGGUUGCUUCAACUGGAACUGUUUCCACUGUUCUUGGGAAGGAUUACGUGAGGAGGAACGGCACGAGGAACAAUGGGUUUAAUACUAAUGGGGUGGUUGUUGAUAAGGAAGAGGCAGAGCAAUUCCUCUGCUCUAUGCUUGGGAAUGAUUCUGAUCUUAGCUUGGCUGUUGUUAGAGAUGUACUUUGUCAGUGUGGAUAUAAUAUUGAAAAGGCCUCAAAUAUAUUGCUUGAUUUAGCUGCAUCCACAGUUGGGCAAUCCAGUAGUGAUAGACAUCCUAACUACAGAGUAGACAACAUAGAUGAUGAAAGAUUCCUUGUUGACCCAAAUGACAGUUUGACAGACAGGAGAUCAGAGUGCACGUCUCUUUCAUCAGAAAGUGAACUUUCUGAUAAUCAAUGGUCUCUUGUAUCUUUAGACAGGAAUUAUGCGGAGGUCCUCUCUAGUUCUAAAGCUAAUUCUGCUAUUAGCCCAGGAUGUACAAGGUCUGAGAUUCCUCAAAAGGUGCUGGAAUCUUUGUUUAACAUUCCCAAAAUUACUGAACACAACAAAGAUGCCAUGAAUUGGAGGAGAGUAGCAAAGAAAAUGCAGUCUUUGGGACCUGGAUUUGAUAUUUUUCCACCUGUUACAGAAUCACAGCAACGUAUUUAUGCUAAAGGAGAUGAAUAUCAAGUGUUUAGGGAAGAUUCAAAUCAGCAUUGGAAUUCAGUGAAAUCUUAUUAUCAGAAAGCUGCAACAGCAUUUACCAAAGGGGAUCGAGCAUAUGCUGCAUAUCUUUCUGACCAGGGUAAAGAACAAACAAAAUUAGCUCAGAAAGCAGACACAAAGGCCAGCCAUGACAUAUUUGUAGCUAGAAACAAGGGUAUAGAAAAUGUGAUAACUAUUGAUUUGCAUGGGCAGCACGUGAAACCAGCGAUGAGAAUGCUGAAACUUCACCUUCUAUUUGGAUAUGUUCCCUCUGUCCAAGUACUUAGAGUCAUUACAGGAUGUGGAUCACAUGGUGUUGGAAAGUCUAAGCUAAAACAAACAGUUAUAAAUCUUUUAGAUAGAGAGGCAAUUGAAUGGAGUGAAGAGAACCGUGGAACUGUGUUGAUCAAACUCAAUGGAUUUAGAGACUUCAGCUUUCUGGAUGCUGACAGUGACAGUGAUAGUAAUUGAUUAAGCAUGUUGUAUAAGCUAGCUAUAAGCUUAUCAACUUGUUGUACCAAAUUUAGAUCAGUAACAUGGCAAAAAUAAUGAAUAAAUUAGAGCAUUGACAUUGUACUGUACAUUAGGUACCUAUUUUUGUAUAAUCAAGCUCCAUUGUCAUUAACUUAUGGGGACAGAUCUUGGCACAUUUUGGGUUAUAUCAUCUGAUGUGAACCCCUAGCUCUAUUGAGUCAAGUUGAGUCAGAAUUGCAUUCUCAGAGUAGGGUAAUGACCUGAGAUGUAAUUAGCUUUGUAUAUACAUGGAUAUGUAAAGAUUAUUUUUAAAUAUUCAGGAUUUUUUUUUUAAUUUCACCAUAUUCUUUUUUUUAAGUGCUGUGGAUGAUAAUUACACACUGGUAUGUUCGAUGCCAUGGGCUUUGGUUGGCUCGAAAGAUCAACCGAUCAAGUGCUAACCACAUAAUGUUGAAC